AUACUCUCGCAUUCAAUCUGAACACAAAAUGGAUACUGAAAUUAAAGUUGAGAAUAUCAUUUCCAAAGAAGAAGAAGCAUCAGCUCAACAAGAAAUAUGGAAAUUUGUUUUUGGCUUUACUCCCAUGGCUGUCGUCAAGUGUGCCAUUGAACUCGGGAUCCCCGAUAUCCUCGAAAACCAUGACACCCCAAUCACGCUGGCUGAGCUAGCGUCGAAGAUUGGGUGUCCAAUGCCCAUGUUGCAUCGGAUCAUGAGGUUCUUGGUCCAAUACAAGAUAUUCCAAGAAGUAGCAGUAUCUGAAACGUGUUUCGGAUACGCUCACACGCCUUUGUCUCAACUCCUAACGACACAUGGCAAGCUCAGCAUGGCCGAUUUUGUGCUUUUAGAAAGCAGCCCAGUCAUGCUGGCUCCUUGGCACAAGCUAAGUGCUAGGGUUUUGGGCAAAGAGGGCUCCGCGUUUGGUGCGACACAUGGCGAUGAUGUGUGGGGAUUCGCGGCCGCAAAUCCGGGCCAUAGCAAACUCAUAGACGAUGCAAUGGCAUGCGAUGCUCGGCUCGCGGUGGGCGCAGUUAUCGAGGGUUGCCCAGAAGUGUUUAGGCAGUUGAGGACAGUGGUGGAUGUUGGUGGUGGUGAUGGCACUGCUCUACGGUUGAUUGUGGCGGCUUGUCCAUGGAUUAAUGGGAUUAAUUUCGAUCUUCCACAUGUAGUGUCGGUGGCCCCUGCAUGUAUGGGGGUUGAACACGUUGGAGGCGAUAUGUUUGAUCAUGUUCCUAAGGCCGAUGCUGUCUAUCUCAUGAAAGUACUUCAUGAUUGGGGAGACGAAGAAUGCAUUCACAUACUAAGAAAAUGUCGAGAGGCUAUUCCUCAUGACACAGGGAAGGUGAUUAUCGUAGAGGCGGUUGUAGUACAAGAAGAUCACCAAUUUAAAGAUGUAGCAUUGAUGAUGGACAUGGUUAUGAUGGCUCAUACACCUAAAGGGAAAGAACGCACUUUAAAAGAAUGGUCUUAUGUGUUUCAUGAAGCUGGGUUUUCUCGUUACACUACAAAACGCAUCCGAGCCUAUCAGUCUGUUAUUGAAGUUUAUCCAUGAAACUUGAAUCUUGUCGUUUAUUCAUUCUACUUGUGGUGAGAGAUUUAAAGGAGUAUCCUUAAAGUAUUGUGUGCUUGAAAUAGAUGUUUGUUUGUUACGUGUAUGUGUGAAAUAGUGUCUUCUUUAACAAUAAGACUUAUUCAUGUAUUAUAUGUGAGGUGGUAUAAAUCUUUCUUAACUACUUA